CGCCUGUCCCGUACACACGCCACGCGUAUACAUAGUCAGAGAUAGAAUGUUUUGGUAGCGGACGCCGAUUUCGCUCUAUUAUUACUAUAUUAAAAUCGCUUAAAUUAUAGAUAUUUUGUUUUCUUGAAGGUGUACCUACUGGAAAUCUUGUCAAUAUGAUGAACACAACUAUGUCAAACUCCACGACGUGGAAUAUAAAUCGUAGGAGAGACUUUGCAGAACUCAAAGAAGGCACACAAGUACCCGGCUACUGCGGAUACAUCGAGCAGUACAAGUACCAUGUUGGAGAUACAUAUGGAAAUGCAACCAACAGACUGGAGAAUAGACGUGCAAACCGUCAUCCCAUUAUAUCAUCAUGGCCAAACAACUACUUUGAUGCCUCCAGCAAACAUGUUGGGACUGGGCUGACUGCUGCCACCACGCUAAGUGGGGAGAGAAGGCCUAUACAGUUACCAAGAUCUAACGGAGACAACAAACUCACAGAGAAGAUGGUGCCAGGCUACACAGGCUACAUCCCCAGGAUGCCUUUCAAGUUUGGAAAUACCUACAAGGAGGACUGUGAUGUCUGUAUUGAUGAUUUCCUCCACACUACCAAAGAACACGACACCAAGAUCAAGACCCUGAAACAGACAGUGGUCCAGUCAAGACCUCUCCAACCCAAGAGGGAUGAGAAGGUGGUCAUUAAGGCUCUAAACUUCUACCGAGAUCAAAACCCUGGAAAGGUUUUAUUAGACGACAAGAGAGAAUCGAGGGAAGCUCCCAUUCCAGGUUACAAAGGCUUUAUACCAAGACAAGGUGUGACUGAGCUAGGUCUAGGAGCAAGGUAUAAUGAGAUGUGUGACAAAUCACUCAAUGUAUUCUACGAUGAGACAGACAGGCAUGCAAUCAUCUCCAAGCCGGGGUAUGUUCCAAAGACUACUGUCCCUAAAUUUGCUGGUAAGGCCAGUUUGCAGCUGACAAAAGAUGAUAAGAGUACCUUGAUGCAGAGGAGACUCUACAAAGAUAUUGGCAUGGUACCCAAGUACACAGGAUACCUUCCACAAAUCCGUUACCGAUUCGGUCAUACUUAUGGUGAUGCGUCCAGAUCUCUUCCUGUGUGUAGUCAUGGACAGUCCAACUAUGGUGAACAUCUACAGACACUUCAACAAUCUGCUUGAUCACCAGGAAGCAGUAGUGCUAUGUCUUAAUGUCAGCCUUCCACAGAGUCAGCCGGCCUCCAAGAUGGAUCAUUCUUCGACCCGAAGCUGUGUGAUAAUUUUAAAGAACUUUACCUCCUAACAGCAUAUGCAAACAUCUUUCAGGGGUCAAAAGAUGUGUCGUAUGUUGGCUGGUUGCUGACUUUUGGGAGAAGAAAUGUAUUUGUUCAAUGUUUUGUGAACUUGCUGAACAAGGUCCAGAAGUUGUGAGAACUUGUACAAGAGAUUCACAGAAUUGUUUUAUGAUUUUUGUUUAAUGUGUUCCUCUUCUCUCCUUCUCUCUAUCUUCCCUCUGUAUCUCUCAAUCGCUCAACAUGUCUUAAUGAUGUUGUCUUCUUCUUCUUAAAGCCCUCUCUGUCUCCAUUAUCUUUUCAUUCCAUUCUUCACAGGCACCCUUUAUAUUCCCUAAUAAUAACACUCUUCCUCUCCCUGUACUUCUGACUAAAUACUUGACAACUGCAGUGCAGAUUGUCACAUACUAAACUUUUUUUAAUGUGGAUGAUUGCUAAAAUUGUUAAUAUGGAAAGAGCACAGCCUUUCAAGUUAAAACAAAGACAAAAUUAUGUACAUGGCCCCUCCAACCUCUAAAUUCAUGUUGACUAAGAGUCAGAUUACUUCAUACAAAAUCUCUAGAUUUCCAUGGGACAAUCUAAUAUGCUUCAACUACAACAUGAAAUUGUGUUGUAUAGGCAAUAUGUACUGCUGGCCACAACCUAUGAUUUUUGAAAAAUUGUUUUACUCGUAACAAUUAUGUAAGAGACAAACUUUUCUUGAUAUUUGACAUUUUCAGUGCUAGUUUGUGUCAAAGAAGGUUAACUGAUAAUCCACUUAUUUUCAUGGAAAACGAUGCAUUGGAAGUUUUAAAAGGUUGUGAGAUUGAGACAAUUCAUGCAAAUAUAAUGCUACUCCUGCUACUGCCUAUGUUAUAACAUAUUUGAUAAUCUUUUCCCUAUAAUUUCCUGUCUUCAAAUGAUAGGCCAAUCUUAUUUCAUUCAAUAUGUAACUUUUUAUUUUUUGAAAUAUCCUUUAUAUAUUUAUAAGCUUUAAUUAUUAGGAUGUGGUAAUUAAAGCCCCUCUGUCCUACUUGUAGCUACUUGCUCCCUCUAUAUAGAAAACUUCCCCAAUCAGUGCCUGUUGAUCCCCCAUGAUCCUCUUUUUCUUAUGUUAGUUGAGAGCUGAGUUAAUGAGAUAGCCCCCUGUCAGUGACCUCGCUGUGUGGUCUAAUCCCUUCAGGCCCAGUAGUAAUGACGGUCUUUAAGAGAUAUUGAUUAAAACAACACACUAUUCCAAAAUUGUAAUUUAAUUUGGUGCACAUCUAAUCUAAGAACAAACUAAGACCAUCAUACAGGGUGUCAAGAUUGUUUUUAACAAUUCUAAUUUUAUGAGUUUUCUGGGCACACUUCAUGUAAUAUGCAUAUUCAACUUCAUUUGAAUGUUGGCUCUCUAUACAUGUUGUCUGAGGGGCAGAUAUAUAUGCAAAUAAGUGCAAAGAAGUCAGUAUUAUAUCUCGGUUCUGUAUCUUGACCUGUCAAAGUGAUAAAAUAAAAAAUAAAACUUAAAUCAUAAUUUGCAUAGAAUAUCUGCAAUUUUGGAUGUGGAACUGGUCAAUGCAUUCCUCUUUCAUUUAUUGAGCUCAUGAUGAAUUAACAAAAUAUAAAAUAAUGAUAUUUUUGUAUUUGUUUUGCUGACUAAUAAAGUUUAUAUGUUUUCCACUGA